AUGGAGAAGACCGCUAUCCAAGCAAAAUCCAUCCUCUCCUUCGCCAUCACACAGCCAUUGGGCUUUGUUUAUCUCGUCAUCCAGCAGAUAUUAAAUUGGAUCUUUUCACCGGCACCUCCUCCACCAUCAGAAAAGCUUCAUCGACCCAGAAUUGCGGUUAUUGGAGCUGGUCUGACAGGAGUAUCAUCGGCAGCGCACUGUGUUGGCCAUGGAUUCGACGUGAAGCUUUUCGAGGCAAGGUCUAGAGAGAAGGGGCUAGGUGGCAUUUGGAGCCGAGUGAACUCGACAUCCGCCUUGCAAAUCCAUUCAAUUAUGUUCCGUUUCCACCCCUCUGUAAAAUGGGAUACGGCUUACCCUACCCAGGAAAAAAUUAAAGAGCAAAUUGUGUCUGUGUGGAAACGGUACGGUCUCGACAACAAGACGGUCUUCGACACUCCCAUCACUUCUGUCAAAAAGACCUCGUCCGGACGAUGGGUUAUCAAUGACAACGAAGCAGAACACGGAACAUUUGACGGUAUAAUUGCAGCAGUUGGCUCAUGUGGAGAUCCUCAAAUGCCCCAUCUACCUGACCAUGAGCAAUUUAGCGGUCCGACUUUCCACUCUUCGGAACUCGAUGGUAAAGACGUUAAGGGGAAGAAAGUGCUCAUCAUCGGCGGUGGAGCGAGUGUAGUUGAAGCCUUGGAGUUUGCAGUUCGAAGUGACGCUGCCGAAAUCGACGUCUUGUCUCGAUCGGAUAAAUGGAUUAUUCCUCGAAAUGUCUUUGUCGAUGUCUUGCUAUCCUUGAACAUAUUCGGAGGGGAAACCUCCUUCUCCUGGAUCCCAGAAUGGUCUCUGCGAAGAUUCUUUUAUCGGGAUUUACAAGACAUCUCGCCAUCUAAAAAAGGUUUAUACACCGACACACCUAUGGUCAACUCUGAGCUUUUCGAGCAGAUCCGUGCUGGCAAGGCUCGCUGGCUACGAGGGGAUAUUCUUGCUUGCAAAGAAGAAGGCAUCCUGUUCAAUAAUCGUGCCCAGGGAGUGCCCAAGGGCGGUCCAGGGCAUGAAUCAAUCGUAAACGGAGACGUUAUUAUCAUGGCCACAGGAUACAAACGACCAUACCUUUCUUUUCUUCCGGAUAACGUCUUUGAAAAGAAGUAUCAGCCACCUAAUUGGUACUUGCAAGUGUUCCCUCCACAAGACCCAACCAUCUGUGCUACCAACAGCACUUAUCUCAACGCCAUCGGAACCGUGGGCAACUACCACAUUGGCAUCUAUACUCGAUUCCUAUUGAUGUUUCUCGUGGAUCCUCUAACACGUCCUCGCGAGGGUUUGAUGAAACUCUGGAUCAACUUCACACGGGUUGUCAAAAGGUUCGCGCCUACGGGAGCCUUUGACUUUUUUACAUAUGCAGAACUGAUUUAUUGGUACUGCUUUGUGAGCAUCAUUAACCCAUUCCGAUGGAAGUGGGUGCCGUUCAUCUUCUUCGGUUGGUUCCGGGGCCUACCAUUGGCCAUUGUUGAGGAAGAGGAUCGCUUCAGACAGAAUGGAAAGACUAAGUGA